UGAAUCUGUGGAUGAAACUUACUAUAUUCUGUCAGAAUGCUACGAGCAGUGGUGUAUCUAGUUGUAGUGGGUACUAUUCUAGAAUUUAGUGAAGGAACCAUUUCGUUGAACAGACAUGAGCAGGGUCAGAUUCACCCUUGCUUGUGGCUUGUUGUGUUCAAAAAACAUCCGCGAAUGACUACUACAAUGCCAACUACAACCGCAGUUAAUGAUGCAAUGACUACCACAAGCGCAUCUACUGAUGAAACUGCGACGGUUAUCACUGAAGCACCUACUGAAGAUGCUUCAGACACAACAGAAGAAGUCACUGAAACUCUAGCAGAGGAAAUGGACAACUGAAUACAAAUAAAUUUAAAAUUGCAAAGUACCU